UCAAGUCACCAGUCAACCUAAGCUGUGGGUCUUUGGACUGUGGAAGGAAGCCGCCGACACCUUUUCACAUGAUACUGGAGCAGGUGUCCCUGAACGCCUCACGCUGAGUCCGAGGUAUUUAACAUUCUGCCCCGGACAGCGGCAGGUUGUUGCGCAGGCGCAGCCCUUUCAAUCUGCAUGAAUACGGAGUGAGGAGAAGACGGGAGCACUGGGAGCACUGCGACUAGCAGGACACAAAGGAUUGGACGCACCGGACCGGAAACGGGCAGGCGGACAUGGAUGGACAGAACGCCAGCAGCGGCACCUGCUCCCGGCCGCACGGCACCGGGAUGGAGGGCAAGAAAAAGAAGAACAUCCCCGACAGGGUGACUCUGAGGAAGGAGAUCGGGCUGCUGAGCGCCUGCACCAUCAUCAUAGGUAACAUCAUUGGCUCUGGUAUCUUCAUCUCACCUAAGGGGGUCCUGGAGCACUCAGGCUCCGUGGGUGUGGCGUUGGUGGUUUGGUCACUUGGAGGCUGCAUCGCCACUUUGGGCUCCUUAUGCUAUGCUGAACUGGGCGUCACCAUUCCCAAAUCUGGAGGUGACUACUCCUAUGUCACAGAGAUAUUCGGUGGCCUGAUGGGGUUUCUCCUGUUGUGGAGUGCUGUCCUCAUCAUGUACCCAACCACGCUGGCUGUAAUUGCACUCACCUUCUCCAGCUAUGUCCUGCAGCCGGUCUUCCCCAACUGUGUUCCUCCAUACAUGGCCAUGCGGAUGCUGUCUGCUGCCUGUGUUUUGCUGUUGACAUGGGUGAACUGCUCCAGCGUUCGUAUGGCUACCAGGAUCCAGGACAUCUUCACCUUGGGGAAGCUGAUGGCUCUGGGCCUCAUCAUCAUGGUCGGCCUAGUGCAGAUUUUCAAUGGUAACUACGGGGCUCUAACUCCUCAGAUGGCCUUUUCCAUGGACAGGACACCGUCGGUUGGGCAGAUUGCUCUGGCCUUCUUGCAGGCCUCCUUUGCCUUCAGUGGAUGGAACUUCCUCAACUAUGUUACAGAGGAAGUGAUUGAUCCCAGACGGAAUCUACCUCGUGCCAUCUACAUCUCCAUACCACUGGUGACCUUUGUGUACACACUCACCAACAUUGCCUACUUCUCCUCCAUGUCGCCCGAUGAGCUGCUGUCAUCCAAUGCUGUGGCCGUAACAUUUGGGGAAAAGCUUCUAGGAAUGUUCUCUGUCGUCAUGCCGAUCUCUGUGGCUCUGUCCACCUUUGGAGGAAUCAACGGUUACCUGUUUACUUCGUCCAGGUUAUGUUUCUCAGGAGCCAGAGAGGGUCACCUGCCCAGCCUGCUGGCCAUGAUCCACUACCAAAACUGUACGCCCAUCCCUGCCCUACUGGUCUGCUGCACUGCCACCAUUGUGAUACUCUGCAUCGGUGAAACACACAACUUGAUCAACUACGUCUCCUUCAUCAACUACCUGUCAUAUGGCGUCACCAUCGCAGGUCUGCUGUACUGUCGCUGGAAGAAACCCAACCUGUACCGACCCAUCAAGGUGAAUCUGCUGGUUCCUGUGUGCUACCUGAUGUUCUGGGCACUGUUGCUGGGUUUCAGCCUUUACUCAGAGCCGGUAGUUUGUGGCGUCGGCCUGGUCAUCAUGCUCACCGGUGUACCUGUCUACUUUCUGGGUGUACACUGGAAAGAAAAACCUAUGUGUAUCUACAACUUCACUGAGAGGGCAACAUACGUUGGCCAGGCAUUGUGUUUCGUGGUCUUCCCACAGCUUGACCCCAUCGAGAUCAACAGCCCUUCAGAGAAGACUGGCCGGUCACCAGGCAGGACCAGUUUGUCUGCUACUUCUUAAAACUCAUUUUUGCAUAUAUGAACAUUGGUGUGUUUUUCCUCCUGUUUCUAUUUCCUUACUGUAUAUGUUCAAUCAUCUGUUCCUGGUGUGGGAGCUUCCUGUCUGACCUUUGACCCUCCAUGACACUGAUUUUUUCCCUACGCCUGCUUUCCUGUGUGGGCUGCUUGCACUUAGCAUUUUUCCUCUUCUAAGGCAUCAGAUACAACAACCUAAAGCUGACAAUGUCACACUAUGAAAAUGACUUUUAUUCCUAUUGUGGACCCAUUUGGUUCUUCUGCAACAAGACAGAUCUCUGACUGAGUGAUAGUGUGUAGUUUUAUCUGCUCAGUGUUACUGGUGCCUUAUGGCCUUUUCACACCAGGUCCCACUCUGUAGUCACUGUUCUGAAUAUAGGAAGAAAAAAUGAUUUCAGAAAAUGCUACAAACACUAUGUAACAAAGAGUAUGUGGAUAGCCCUGUGAUGCCCUGAGCCAGGUCUGGGAGGAGACCCCCCAGGACACCAUCCGCUGACUCAUCAGAAGCAUGCUCAGACGUUGUCGGGAGGCCAUAUAGGCAGGCGGGGGCCAUACACAUUUCUGAGUCACAUUAUGAGUUGCAGUGAGGAAGUUCACACAGCUUGGAUGAGCCUGUUCAAAAAGCAUCAACGUCUUUCCAGAAACCCAGAGGCAGUCACGUUUUUCCACGUUUUUAUUUUUUUCACCAUCAAUAUUAUUUCUGAGACUUGGUGUGAAAAGGUACUUACUGGAGAAUAUCUAGAUUUAAAUAUUCUUUAUUAACUGAUUCACUCUAUUAGAUUUUAAUAUAUUUUGUUAGUGCCUUUUGCAAAACAUAUUGCAUUGGAUUACUUGAGAAGCACUUUAGAGUCAUUCCAUGGAAACUAUACACAUUGGACCUUGGAACUGUAAGUUUUUUUUUAAUCAUAGCCAAACAAAAUUUUCUAUUCCAUAGCAUGAAAGAUAU